AUGUCACAUAGUUCGCGAACGACUAAUCCUUUCACGGUCAUUGCCAUUCAUUCUUACAGUAAGAAAACUCCUGUGCGUUUCGAAUGUAAUACCGUUUGUGUAUAUCCGCUUCGGAAGGUUACACAAGGUUCUCAUCAAGGUGUUGAUCAGUUAGCACCAAUUGCUCUAUCAGUACGGCAUCUUUUGGGAAUUCUAAUACUGCAAUCCCAACUUAUUGGUGCUUGGGCUAUGAUUACCAAAUAUGACAUCAAAAAUAAUACCAAACAAAUGACAAAAAUGAUAGAUAAGUCAGUAGUAACAUUGGAAAUUGAUAUGAUAUAA